AUGGGCAUCACCAAGCAAUGCCAGGCCUCGAGCUACCAGCGCAAGUCGGAGACCAUCGACUAUGGCCGUGGGGAUCGCGAUCAGCUGGCGAUCACCUCGAAGGAUGUCCACCAGCCAUUCUCGCCUCGGGACCCCGCCCAGAUCACUGGAUCUGAGAUUCGCUUCAAUGGAUUCGCCGAAUCGCGAGGACAGACGUUGUACUGGAAGCUGCCGGAGAAGUUUGCCGGCAACAAGGUAACCGCCUACGGUGGCACCCUGAAGUACGUCGUGAAGUUCGACGGCUACGGCACCCCCAACCAAGACCAAGACGUGGUCCUGCGCGGAAACGACAUCGCCAUCUACCACCGUGCCCAACUCACCCCGACUGCUGGAUCUGAAAAUGCCGUUGAGGUCAAGCUCUUCGAAGACCGCUGGACGCGCGAAGAUGGUGAACCCGUCGGGCGCGAGCAUCUGAUGAUGGCCCUCGCUGACUUGGACACGAUUUUGAUCAAGGCCACCUACAACGAUGACCCGAACGGCGCCUCCUCGCUCUCGUCGGUUAACUUCGAGUACGCCGAGGCGUACGGAGGAAAUGGACAGCCAGCCCUCGAGGUUGAACAGUGCUCGUGCCCGGCCGGCUACGUCGGCACCUCGUGCGAGGACUGCGCCCCCGGAUACGCCCGAACUGGCGGUGGCCUCUACCUUGGCCGCUGCGAGAAGUGCGAGUGCAACGGACACGCCGGACAAUGUGAUAAGGAAUACGGCUUCUGCGUCGACUGCCAGCACAACACCGAGGGUGACAGGUGCGAGAGGUGCAAGCCCGGAUUUGUGGGUGACGCCCGCCGUGGAACACCAUUCGACUGCCAGCCCGCUGCCACCAAGCCACCGUGUCAGUGCAACAACCACUCCCCGAGAGGCUGUGACUCCUUCGGACGUUGUCUGCAAUGCGAGCACAACACCGAGGGUGUCCACUGUGAACGUUGCAAGAAGGGUUACUACGGUGAUGCCACCCGUGGACGACCCGAUGACUGUACUCCUUGCCCGUGCCCUGGUGCCUCCGACUGCUACCUCGACUCUCAGGGCCAGGUCGCCUGCCGUAUCUGCCCAGCCGGUCUGACUGGCAGAACCUGCGAAGAAUGUGCCCCCGGCUACACCCCGAACACGAAACAAGACGGCCGCCGUUGCAUCCCGAUCGGCGAGAUCAAGUCCGACCACAUCGAAUUUAUCCCCGCCCCCGAUGCACUGCUUCGCGUGCAGAUCCUCGAGCCCAAGCACCAGGCGGUGCAGAUCGGCGAGCGGGUCGAGUGGUACUGCCAAGUCGUCUCCAAGCUGCCGCUCGAGCCGGUGAUCUUCGAGUGGCAACGCGUCGGCUACAGUAUCCUGCCCGACGGCGCGGAGGAUGAUGGAAGGGGAAGGCUAACACUGCCCGUUGUGGGGCCUGCUGACCUCGGCGUCUACAGGUGUAAGGCGUACACCUCCACGAAAUACGCCAGCGACGACGCGCACCUGGAUGUGGCCACGGAUUACGUGCAGACGAGCGAAGCCCCACGACCUGUUGUCGACCCGUCGAAUGUUGUUACGAUCAAUGAGGGAGACAGUGCUAGCUUCCGAUGCUAUGUGCCCGGCAUCCCAGACUGCCAGAUCAACUGGCACAAGGAGUACGUCGGAGGGCCUCUGCCGCACGGAGUUUACCAAGCCGGAAACCAGCUCCGAAUCCCGCAGGCUCAGCUCAAGGACGCCGGAAAUUACGUGUGCUCGGCUACGACGCAAUACGGCGUCGGAACCGCGCCCGAUACAAUCGUCAACGUUGUGCGACCCGAACCGACGCAGGCCCCUUACGUCCCACCCCAAGUGACGCGUCGCCCAUCCAAGAAGUGCGACACGAGCCGCAAACACCCGACUCACCCGCCACCACCGCCUCCGACGCCCUACCCGGUCAUCCAGACCCCGCCGCCAUACGUUCCGGAUUGCGAGUACCCGCCCGUGCAAAUCCGCGUCGACCCCCCGCAUCAGACCGUCAACGAGAACGACCCGGCGAGGUUCAAGUGCUGGACACCUGGAUAUAACAAUUUGCCGCUUAUCUGGACCCGCCCCGGAGGCCUGCCCCUUCCACCUGGCGCCCAAUCCAGCGGUGGCAUCCUGCUGAUCCCGCGCACCACCUCCGAAGAGAUCGGGCAGUACAUUUGCCAGACUCAUAACCCGGCCACGAAUGGUCCGCUCCACUCGGGACCGGUUACCCUCGACAUCAACCGUGCUCCUCCACCUGCCGGACCCCGUGUCGAGCCCAUCGAGCAGACCGUAGAUGAGGGAACACCCUCCCGGAUCCGCUGCUGGGUCCCCGGCCAGCCCGACGCGAUCGUCCAAUGGACGCGCGUCGACCAGCAACCUAUCAACGAUCAAGCGAUCGUCCGUGACGGCUACGUGACCAUACAAAAGACCAGGGGAAGCGACGAGGGCGACUAUCUGUGCACGGCCACAAACCCCAGGGACGGCCAGCCCCAACGGGCGCCCCUUGCACGCAUUAAUGUGCAGGCACCGAAGUUUGUGCAACCGCAGAUUGAGCAAGGAGCCCCAGCCGCCCCCGUCGUUGACCCGCCACACCAGGUGGUCGAUGAAGGCGAACCGGCCCGAAUCCGUUGCUACGUCCCUGGACAACCGGAUGCUCAGAUCAGAUGGUCAAAGAACGAGCGCGACCCGCUGCCACAACACGCCAGCGAGCGCAAUGGAGAGCUGACGAUUUCGAGGACCCAGAAGGCGGACGCCGGAACCUACACCUGCACGGCCUACCCACCAAAUGGAGGACCACCCCAAUCCGUCCCCGCCACGGUUGAAGUCAGGCGACCAGACAAGAUUGUCGUGGAGAUUGAGCCAAAGGAACAGACGAAGGAGGUUGGAGAGCCGUUCUACAUCCGGUGCUUCGUGCCUGGACAUCCUCACCUGAAGCUGGUGUGGCGCAAGGUUGAGGACGACCUACCGCGCGACUCCUUCGAGCAGAGCGGAAGCCUCCGUGUCCCUCAGGCUCAAAUGACCGACGCCGGAGACUACAUCUGCUCGGCAAAGGACCCAUACUCUGGGGAGAUUGUCGACUCCGAACCCGCCGCCGUCAUCAUCAAGGACAACGCGCUGCCGCUGGAAGAUGCCGAUAUUGUCGAGAUCCACCCGGCUCACCAGACAGUGCCUGAGCACGAUAAGGCCAACAUCAGAUGUUGGGUGCAAGGAAAGCCGGAUGCUCGUCUCACGUUCAGAAGACGCGACGGUGGACCGCUUCCGGACAGCUCGAACGAACGCGAGGGUACUCUGUACAUUGAUGACGCCACUAUGGCCGACGCCGGAAAGUACUACUGUAUCUACCACCCUGAAAAUGGCGGCUCACCUAUCGAAUCCGACAACUCCAGACUAGAGGUCACCGCUGCCCAGGGCAACCCGCCGAAACCCGAGGCCAGCCCACCACUUCUCAGCCUAGCCCCCGGCAGCCCCGGGCGCUUCAUCUGCAACCCCAACUCUGACACCCCGGCCAAGGUCCGAUGGGGCUUCGGGUCAGCCAACGGCCCACUCCGCGGUGAUGUCACCCAGGAGGGAGAUGAUCUGGUCAUCAACUCGGCCGACGAGAAAUCGAUCGGAGAGUACAUCUGCACGGCCACCAACGAGUUUGGAACUGGCGAGGCACCGCCUGUUAGGAUGGAGAUUACCGAUGUCGAAGAACCCCCAACGGCCACCGUCGUCCCGCGUGUCUGGAACGGCAAACCCGGAGAUCGCCACCAGUUCACUUGCGUAGUCACCGGAAACCCGACACCUGAAGUCUCCUGGAUCGGACCCAAUGGAUCCCCGCUUGCCCACGACGUCACCGAGAUGGAGGGCAACAAGCUCGACUUUGCCAACGGCAGAUCGGAGUUGAACGGAGAGUACACGUGCACGGCCCGGAACUCGGUGGGAGAAGCCUCCGACCACGGAACCGUCCUCAUCGGCCCGACCCUUCAUGUCACCACCAACCCCCCUGGCACCACCAUCGUUGUCACCGUCGGCCAGGAAGUCAAGAUCGAGUGUAUCGCCACUGGAUCCCCAGGAGAUCCCGAGCCAUCAGUCGAAUGGCUGCACGACCCGGGACCGGAGCGAGGUGACCUCCCCGACGACUGGGUCCCGAUCACCAUCUCCGAGCAGUUCCUCCACCACCCCUCCAUCGGUCUCGGCAACUCGGGCAUGUACACGUGCAAGGGAACCUCAGACUUUGCCACCGCCUCCAAGAACAUCUUCAUCAAGGUCGAAUAUCCUGAAUGGCCAGUGUGGCCCGUGCAACCGGAUCCGAAUUGUGACCCGCCACAAGAAGAUAUUCAUGUGCCGACCACAACAACGACAACGCCUUGCUACACCUAUCCGGAAGAGCCGGAAGAACCGGAAGAACCGGAAGAUGAGUAUCCAGUCGAAAUUCCCACCACCACAUAUAACUAUGAGAGGGUAGAUCCGUUUGCUGACGAAGAACCGGAAACGUACACUACCACCACUACCACCCCAUGCUACACCUAUCCAAAGUACCCCGCGUGGCCAGUUAUGCCCACUACUACCACGACAACGCCUUGUUAUGAACCUAGUACCCCGAGGUGGCCGCCGAGGCCGGUUACUCGCCCGCCGGUGACCUGGUACCCGCCAAUUCGGACAACACGACGUCCCAGACCACCACCCCCAAGGCCUACCACUACUACUACGACGCCGUGCUAUACCACACCCCGUCUGCCUCCUCCACCUCCCACCACUACCACCAGCACCACCACUCCUUGCAUCACACCCCGUCCCCCACCUCCCCCACCCACCACAACAACUUCGACGACAACUCCUUGUAUAACCUUCCGGCCACUUCCCCCUCGACCACCUCCAAGACCCGCUUCCACAACUACCACCACCACGCCGUGCUGGACUGACCCACCAUUCCCAAUCCGGCCGACACAGCGCCCAAGACCACCCCCGCCCAGGCCCACAACUACGACAAGGCGCCCAACCACUCGUCGACCCCGUCCACCUCCACCACCCCCCACUACCACUACAACCACAACACCGUGCCCAAUCCCCAAGCCCCAAUACAUCUACGUGUAUCCGAAAACGACGCCGUGUCCAACAUUCCCGCCGAAAAUUAUCCGCAUCCCGGUCCCAUAUCCGGUCACACAAAUACCAAUCCGGCCACCACCCCCACGACCAACCACUACCACCGCAGCACCAGUGACCGAGCCACGGUACCCUCCCCCAAGACCGACCACUACCACCACGACACCAUGUGUCAUCGAGCCAAGAUACCCUCCCCCGAAGCCGACCACUACCACCCUAAGACCAGUAACCUGGCCAAGAUACCCUCCACCAAGACCAACAACUACCACCACAACGCCGUGUGUCGAGCCCAAAUACCCUCCACCAAGGCCAACAACCACUACCACUACUCCUUGUGUCACCUACCCGGUCGAGACCACCACCACAACGACCCCAUGUGUCACCGAUCGACCCUCAUGGUGGCCUAGGCCUGUUUUCCGACCUGAUCGAUACCAAUACGACGAAUAUGGACGUCAACUUGAAGGGGUACAACCAGAAGCUGGCCCAUACAUCGACCCCAGAUAUGUGCAUGUUCCCUAUAAUGGAGAUCAAACAGCUGGUGGAUACGAGGGGGAGCAAAUUGCCCUUGAAACUACUGAUGAAAACGACAUUUUGGCAUCAAAUUCGGAGAACCAACAAGAAGCCUACGAGCUGCCAGUAUCAGAGGAGAGGCCAGAGGCAGAGACGGCAGAUACCGAGCCCGAUUUUCAUCAGACACCUGCCCGAAGGAGCUACCAAUAUCGAGACCCGUAUGAUAGGAGGACACAACCCGUGGCGCAGAGCCAAUGGGAAAGAGACCAAGCCGCUAUUAAGCAAGAAGAGGACCUCUACAAACGCGAACAAGAACGAAAAAGGCUUGAAUGGGAGCGAAUAAAGCAACAACGAGAGAAUGAGCGAAACGGAAAUUCACGCUGGCCGGAGACGACCACUUAUAAAUAUACCUACCAACCCCCAUAUGGCGAUAGCCAAAAUGGCCGGUAUCCUGGUCAAAAGGUCAAUAAAGGAACCAUUGAGGGAAUGCUUAACGAUGCCGCAAAUCAGCAGAGAUAUCCUAAUCAAAACGAUAGAUACGACGAUCGCUAUGGUAAGCAACAAGGCCGAUACCCUGGGCAAACAGUCCCAAAAGGAACGGUCGAGGGGAUGAUUAAAGAUGCCGCACGCGAGCAGAGAUAUCCAAAGCGAAACGCGGGCAGCUAUCGAGAGAACACGAGAUAUAUCGCCACGGUAACCGUUCUCGGUGGCAACGUGCAACUCUUCGACCUUGGCGAGCCGGCCGAGCUGACCUGUGCCGCCACCGGAUCUAACCUUGUCGACCGUAUUGAGUGGUCUAGGGUGCAAGACCAACUGCCCCAAGACGUCGAGGAGCACAACGAGCAGGGUGUUCUCCACUUCCCGUCGUUCAAGGCCAACUACGCUGGAGAGUACGAGUGCCGUGGAUUCCGAGGAAGCGAGGUCAUCGCCACCUCCACCGUCCACGUCCACCCCAGCAGCGAGGACGUUGAGGAGGCCAGGGUUACCAUCGACCCACCCCGGGUCCGUGUCGUGACUCAGGGUGACGCUAUCGUUCUGAACUGCGCUGUCGAGGGAGCCAAGGGCAACGAGCACUUCGCGUGGCACCUGCUGCGUGGAGGACAGAUCAUCCGCAACCUCGCCAAGACCCCUCGGCUCCACAUCGCCCAAGCCGAUGCUGGAAAUGACUACGGUGUCUACAAGUGCGAAAUCGAGGACGACAACGCGCAAGUCAUCGGCGCCGCCUACGCUGCCGUCACCAUUGGACAUUCAGCGAAAAAACCGGCCGAGAUGAAGUUUGACGAGAACGCCGAGGCGGUGCUAAACUGCCCCGUGUACACGGUACCCGGAUCAAAGGUUGAAUGGAGCCGCCAGGACGGUGAUAUGCCCAGCAAGGUGCAGCAGAACCAGAGUCGUCUUGUCAUCAAGGACUUUGAUGACGACACGGCCGGCCUCUACGUCUGCAAGGUCAACAUCGAUAACCACGUCGUCGAGGGCUACGUUGAUGCCAUGAUUUCUGUCCCGGACACCAUCAUCCAGGUGCUGCUCGAGCCAUCCAGCGAGAACGUGCAGGUUGGAGAUCGGCUGUGGUUCGACUGCAAGGUCACUGGAGAUGACACUGCCAACGUUACCUGGGUUCGGGAGGGAGAGGAUUCUCUGCCCGACAAUGCUCAGGUCGCCGAAAAGCGCCUCCAAUUCACCGCCGUGCGCGAGGACAACAGCGGAACCUACAAAUGCGUGGCCAAGACCCGGAGCGGCCACCCUCGAGGCGAAGACCCUACUGAGCUCGGGGGCGGCGCCGCGAGAUCGGUCAGCAUUUUCCGGGUUGAUGACGGGUUGAUGCAUAAUGUCUUGGCAAUCCGAAAGGGUCGUGAUGGUGCCCUGUUCGUGGACGAGUUCCCUCCAGUUAAUGGAAGCGGCGUCCCCGACCUGAAAUUCAUGACUGGCGGUCUUCAUCGCGCAAACUUUGACGGUUGCGUGGCGGACGUGACGUUGAAUGGAGACAAAAUGGACCUGAUGGGAUCGGCGGUUGAUGGGCGAAACGUGCGACCAUGCGACGAAUGGGUCGCACCCAAGAGGUUCCUGCAUAGGCAUCGCAGGGACGCUGAUUGGCCACCCCUCACCAAAACCGCGGCCGCUCAGAUUGAUGCUGCGCUGGAUUUGCGAAUCCGGUCGCGACAUCGCUGGGGCCGCAAGGAGAAGUUUUUCUUC